CGAAUUGUUUAUUUAUAUAUAUGUAGAUCUACAUGUCUUGAGUGGUUGAGAUAUCCAGGCUACACUCACCAUUGCAUUUUUCCUCCAUACCAAGUGCCAGGCUGUCUUUUUACUAGAGAACAACGUUUUAGCAAUGAUUAUUACAGUGUGCGUUGCGUUGUGAUUUUGUGUAGCUAGAAAUUUCUCUACCACUUCAAAGUCAAAGGGUGCGAAUACCAUAAUGCCAUUCUCCUUUCAUAGUCACAGUGCUCAAUUCUGCAAACAUGCCAGUGGUGGCCCCCUGGCUGAGGUAGUGGAAGAGGCGCGUUGUGCUGGAUUUCUACAGUUUGGUCUGAGUGAGCAUAUGCCCAGACAACAAGUAGAUCUCCUCUAUGAAGAAGAGAUUGAUGCAGGUAUGAGCUGCGAUGACCUCGCCAAGCAGUUCAGUGACUUUGUGGCCGAGGCAAGGAGAUUACAGAAGAUAUUUGAUGAUGCGCGAUGUAGUCAUAAUGAUGGUGAUGAUGGUGGAAUGGAGAUUUUAGUGGGAGCUGAGACAGAAUACGUUGGUCCGCAAUCGAUUGGAGAAAUUCUGCAAUUACGUCAUGACUACAAAUUAGAUUACAUUGUUGGCUCCAUCCACCAUGUGAGAGGCAAACCCAUAGACUUUUCAAAAGAGACCUUUGAGCAGCUGUUGGCGAAUGACUGGAAUAAUGAUCAUACAUCACUAUUCUCAGCAUACUUUGACGAGCAGUUUGCAUUGUUUGAUGGAGUACAUCCUGAGGUUGCUGGGCAUCUCGACGUCGUCCGGAAAUACUGUCCCGGAGCUGCGUUCAGCGCUACGGUGCUGGAGAAAGUGAGGAGGAACAUAAAGUUCUGUGUGGAUCAUGGAAUUCUUCUGGAGAUCAAUAGUUCCGGUGUCGGCAAGGGCUUGCCUCAUCCUUAUCCCCAGCAAGAUGUACUAACCAUAGCCAAAGAACUGGGCGCAAGGUUUACACUCGGUGAUGACGCUCAUUCGCCAGUAGAUGUAGCUCAGUACUAUAGCCAUAUACGGCAAUAUGUUCAUGAUAUGGCUAUUGAAUCUUCUAUAUGUUCUCUCCACCGAACAUCAUCCUGUCAUAACCAGCCGGCAGAUGCCAUGCAUGAAUGCCGCCAAGAUCAGCAGCAGCGAGCUGCUCAGGACUAUUCGUUCAGUGCUGUAGAAAGUCGACCUGUGCCAGAUUUCCUUCAUCACCACUUUUGGUCCAGAUCGCCAGUAUAUGAACUUGCGGUGUAGUGUGUGUGUGUUCAUGUGUGUGUGUGUGUUCAUGUGUGUGUGUGUGUUCAUGUGUGUGUGUGUGUGUGUGUGUGUGUGUGUGUGUGUGUGUGUGUGUGUGUGUGUGUGUGUGUGUGUGUGUGUUCAUGGGUGUGUGUGUGUUCAUGUGUGUGUGUGUGUUCGUGUGUGUGUUCAUGUGUGUGUGUGUGUGUGCAGCCGUUCACGGUCCACCGGACUCGCAGUGCCUCAUGCCGCGUCCCGAAGCCAGCACUCCUUCAAGUCGCCCCGUUUGGGGCACAUAGCCAAUCGUGACAGCGGACGAAGGAAGGAAGGAAAGUGGAUGCGUGUGUGUGUGUUUGGUUAUGUGUGUGCGCGCGCGUGUGAAGUAGUUAGGUCUUCUAGGCUAUUUUGAACAGUAUGGAUGUCACAGAGUAUUAUGUACUCCUGAUGUCGGAGCAUAUGUAGGUUUAUAGUGUAGACACUGACCGUAGGAAUCCUAUCUUGAUGGUCAUUCCUAGCAUAGUGGUGUGUCUGUGUGUCCGUAUGUGUGUUUGUGUGUGUCUGUAUGUGUGUUUGUGUCUGUGUAUGUGUGUCUCUCGCUCCAUUUCUCUACUACUUAAUCUUGAGACCAAUGGCUGUGUUGCUUUUUUCUAUUUUCCUUCAAUUUUAGGCACAUGUAUGUUCAUUUCUUUCUUGACUUUCGCUGGCCGAAAGGAAUAUUUCUAGUAUUUCUCUCUACAUCUGUGCUACAUGUCACAUGUCACAUGUCACUUUUCAAUGUUUGAAUAUAGUAUAGUUGCAGUGCUGCUGCUGCUGCUGCUGUCUGUGUCUUUGGUCUGGUCAAGGGUCCAUGGUUGAUGGAGUAUCAUUGUUGACAGCCUGGAACCUCUCUGUUUUUAGAGUAUUAUUAGGUAUUCUCUACACAAAAGGCGCAAAGGAGGUUUGCAGAGUAUGUCGCAACUCCCAGUUUCUUGCACUAUGCAAUCAUCAGGUAUAACUUGUAACAAUAUUAUUCUGUGGCACUUGGCCAGUACUGCAGUAUAUGAACCAUAGUUCGAUGA